AUGGCCACGGAUCCAGCAGAGAGGUAUGCUCAUGGGAACGCAAAGAAGACAAUGACACGUUACGUGACCUCGCUCAGAAGUAUGAUACCUGUGCGUACGACGAAGAGAAGUGAUGUGAAGGGUGGCGCUAAGAUCGAUGAAUCGGGCCUUUUCUCGUUCAUUACGUACAGCUGGGUAUUUGAGUACUUAUAUUCGGCGUUCAAAGGCAAAUUGGACAAAGAUCAAGUUUGGAAUUGCAGUAUAUACGAUGCCAGUAAUGUCAAUAUCGCUAGGAUGGAGGUUCUUUGGGAAAGUGAGACGAAGCAGAAUCCUCAGUCGCCAUCGCUUUUUCGUGCAUUAUUUCGAUUUAUCAAGACACGACUAUGGGCAGCGUGUGCCGUGUUUUUGUUUUGCUUAAUUUUCGGUUUCAUCGGUCCAACAUGCUUAAUACGAGGUCUUGUACAGUUCGCAGAGCAGCCACCUCUACCCGGAGAAUCGGUGAACUAUCGACUCGGCUUUUUUCUAGUAUUCGCCAUUUGUUUGGUUGAAGUAGCUCGUGUACUUUCGUACGGUGCAACGUGGGCCAUCUCUUACCGCACCGGAAUUCGUGUCCGAGGAGCACUACUCGGCCUUCUCUUUAAGCGAUUGCUAGGAGCUCGAAGUAUUGGCAAGAAGAACGCGGCUGAGAUUGUUAACAUGUUUGCAAAUGAUGGUCAGCGACUAUUUGAUGCUGUGACGUUUGCACCUCUUGUGAUCGUUGGACCUUUUGUUCUGAUCGGUGGUAUUGGAUAUUUGCUAGCUGUUAUUGGUCGCUGGUCUUUGCUAGGGAUCCUGGUUUUCUUUAUUUUUGAUGUCAUUCAGUAUGGACUUGGGAAGACUAUGGUGCGCUGUCGAAAUAAUGCGAUCGAAAAAACGGAGAAGAGAAUCGGUCUUAUGGGGGAGAUUAUUCGAAGUAUUCGCAUUGUUAAAAUUAAUUGUUUGGAGGAGAACUUCUCAAAGAAGAUCGAACGAAUACGACAUGCUGAAAAGACUGAAAUCAGAAAGGCUGGCUACGCACAGUCCUUAGCGAUUGCCUGUGGUCCUGUUGUACCUAUAGUAGCUGCUAUACUCACGUUUCUCGGCGUCGUGCUUUCAGGCCAUGAUCUGCUUGCAAGUGAUGAGUUGACAGGGAUAUGUGGAGCUGUUGGGAGCGGAAAGAGCGCUCUGCUGAACAGUAUCAUUGGCCAUAUGUUUCCUUCUAAAGGAAAUCUAGAGGUCGGUGGCACAUUCGCUUAUGUUCCUCAAGUGCCAUGGAUACAGAAUACCACUGUUCAAGAGAACAUCCUUUUUGGAUCACCAAUGAAUUCUCAACGAUACUACAGGGCUGUCAAUAGUUGCCAACUAACGAAAGAUCUGGAAGCACUAGCUGCUGGAGAUCAUACGGAGAUUGGGGAACGAGGUGCUACCCUUUCUGGAGGUCAGAAGGCACGUGUUUCCUUAGCACGUGCCAUAUUUGCUCAUAGAGAUAUUUAUCUCCUUGAUGACAUCCUUGCUAAUCUCGAUAAAAAGGUAGGGGAUAAAAUUUUCGAGAAGGCCGUACGCGAAGUAUUGUCAGCAAAAACUGUCGUAAUGGUUACAACGGACCCUCAGAGGUUAUCACAAUGCGAUCGAGUUGUACUUAUGGACGGUGGUAGGAUUGUUGCCUAUGGAGAACAUGAAGAACUGCUCUCCACUUGUACUCAAUAUAAAGAAUAUUGCGAAAGUGCACUAGUAAGCUCGUUGUCGCUGAAGAGGAUUUUGGGUUAG